GCUAUCCAUUUUUGAAGAUAUUGUAUCUUCAUCACACUUAUCUGUAAAAGUCUAUAAUUUUAGUCGUUUGUGAAUGGUCGUACGCUCGCACAUCUUCGGAAACUUGUGUCAAUAUCUUAAUCGAUCGAAACAACUGUGGCAAAGUCGGUCAUAAGUGUAAUACUAGUUACACGAGCUGUUCUCGUGGCAUGUGUAGCAUGACACCCACUGUUCAAUUAAUUAAGCCAAUAGCUCUUAUUCAAGGAACUAGCGAUAACUUACAUUUUCAUAAGUUAUCUAGUCGAGUUCCUGUUUAUAUACCAUUGAACAUUACUUUGUACAAUACAACGACAAAGUAUAUUUAUCUGUUAAGAAAUGGGGUAAGUCUUUCGCUUUCAACUUGCCAUUGAUAAGAAAUACUGUGUUCGCUAACAGCAUCUGGUUGAUUACAGCGUAAUAUUAGUACAAGUACUGGUAAUGUCUUAGGUUAAAUUCGUAUAUCUAUGAUACUAUUGGAGAAUGAAUAGAUACAAUGGAUAUAUAAGAAAUUUUAAAUGAAUAUAGUGGUAGAAUCUUCUUAAGAUGCAUUUGUGUGUGUAUGUACGUGCCAAGGUCAAAGGUAAAAUAAAACAUGUUGUUAGAAAAGUCUAAGGUGUGACCAAAUUACCAACGGAAAAAUUAAUGCUACACCUAUUUUUGUGAUCUAAAAUACAGAGUUUAUGGUCAGAAGAUAUUUUGUUCUUGGAUAUAUAUGAAUAGCACAAGUAUAGAUGUUUAUAAUACAAAUAAAAAUUCAAUAUGAAGAUACAAAUUGUUGAUAUAUUUUCUGAGUCUUUUGAAUACAUGUUUGAAUGAUAUUUAAUCAGAACUCAGCGCAAAUUUUGUCGAUUGCAUUCUCUAGUUCAUCUUAUGAUUUUGGAUUUCUACUUUUAAUUUUCUAUUUGAUUAUGUUCUAGAUUAGUUCAAUAGCGUUAAAAUUGCGUUAUGGUCGUGAUUUUAACACUAUUGAACGGAUCUAAAACGUGAUCAAAUAGAAAAUCAAAAAGCAAGAAUCCAAAAGGGUGUGGAUGUGGAUGUGGGUGCGGGUGGGUGUGGGUGGGUGUGGGGUGGGGGUGUGUGGAUGUUGAUAUGGAUGUUACUGUUCUCUUCACGAGCACCCACACCCACAUCCCACCUACACCUUUCGGACCCAGAUUGGAUCUAGAUCUACAAGAACUCGCAUCUGUCUGUUGUUAAAAUAAUGAGAAAUGAUUUAAAUUAUUUUUGUUAAAAAGAACUUGCGAAAUCAAGAUAUUAAGAUUUAAAAUAGAAACAGAUCCAUCAAUUGACUGUUUUGUCGGCUAGCGAGUCGGCCUGAACUAACUUUCCGAUUCACCAGUUUUCACUAGCUCCUAUCUUGAUUUGUAUGUAUUUAACUAAGUCUAUGUUUGACCAAGUGUUACAGAUUUUCUAGAGUUUAUACUCCUACAUUAUAUUUUUGAUUUAUAUUACCAAGAGAAUUGAUUUAAAAUGAUAAACCUGUAUUUAUCGAUGAUUAAAAGUUCAAUGAAAGUUUAAUAUAUGUGACACAGUAGGAAACGUCAAUAAUCUACCAAUAAAGUUAAUCAAUAUACAUAAAUCAUAUUGUGAACUGUGUAUUUUGCAUCCUUAAAAACAUUUCUUCAUCUCUUAUACAUAAAAAGUCUCUCAAAUUAGUUCGAUUUGCUUAUUCUAUUCUCGAUAUUUGCAUGAUUUAUCUUUUCUUCGAAAGGUUUUAUGCCUUGGAUACUGUACAAUUGGCAAAUCUCAAACAGCCUUGCCCGCUGGCAAUUUCUUUUACGCAACAGCUUUUCCAUUCUGGGACAACUUGUAUAUCAAAAAUGGAACAGCUCAAGGAAUCUUUUAUACUAUUUAUGGCAAUACUCCUAAUCGAACGCUUGUCUUUGAAUACUAUUUAAGUCGUGCAGAUUCAGAAGAAGAAUACUAUCAAUUUCAAGUAUUAUUCUUUGAAGCUAAGUCUGGACUUGUUCAAUUUAUCUAUUUAAAUACACCUGAUGGUGGCAGGUCUGCUAUUGUUGGUGUACACGCUUCAAGCAGUGGUCCAUUUAUGCAGUAUUCUUUUCGAGAACCUUUUUAUGUGCUGCCAAAUAUGUCUAUUACAUUUGACACCAAUCAAAAUACAUACACUGCGGUUCUUUUAUGUGGAUCAACGACAUGUACAAUGGAUCAAGCAUGUAUAGAAGAUAUGUGUGUUCAACGAGGUAGACUGAAUUUUGUUGCUCGAUGGUCUCGUCGAAAUAGUCGAGGAUACAUUAUUGUUCGAACACCGCUUAACAACACCAUUUACUUUGGUAAUCCUCAUGCUAACUCAUCUGCUGAUGAAGGUCGACAUGAAGUAGUUGGUGAUAGUAGUCAAGUUGAUAAUAUUUAUUGGCCAUCAAAUAGAAUACCACCAAAAGGAUUAUACAAUAUAUGUUUUAGUACUGGUAGUAGUUUAUUAAAUGGUACUAAUAAAUCACCAAUGACAGUGACAGUAGAGAUACGACACUUUCAACACCCAAUGAAAACAAUGAUUCAUAGUUUCACAAAAUCGACGACGCAAUUAAAUGAAUGUUUGAACACAAGUGAUACUUUUAUUGGUUCUGUUGAUAUAAGAUGGUCCUCGGUUACAAAAAUGAAUGUUUGUCGAGAACAACAUACAGCCUCCGUACUAUUAAACGGCAACAUAUUAGUGGUUGGUGGUACUAAUCGUGGUUGGGAUCCGCUAAAUACUGCUGAAUUGUACGAUCCAUUAUUUGGAAAUUGGACAAAUGUUACUAAUAUGACUACUGCUCGAAUUUAUCAUACAGCAUCCGUAUUAUCAGACGGUAAAGUGUUAGUGGUUGGUGGCAAACAUCAUGGUUGGAAUGUUUUAAAUACUGCCGAGUUAUACGAUCCAUUAUCUGGAAAUUGGACAACUGUUGGUAAUAUGACUACUGCAAGAAGAGGUCAUACAGCAUCUGUAUUAUUAGACGGUAAAAUAUUAGUGGUUGGUGGAGAUGAUCAUCAUCAUAUGUUAAAUACUGCCGAGUUAUAUGAUUCAUUAUCAGGAAACUGGACAAAUGUUGGUAACAUGACUACUGCUCGAGAGUAUCAUACAGCAUCUGUAUUAUCAGACGGCAAAGUAUUAGUGGUUGGUGGAAUUAACAAUGAGCGCGAGACAUUGAGUACAGCUGAGCUAUAUGAUCCAUCAUCAAGAACUUGGAUAACUGUUGGUAAUAUGAGUAAUGCAAGAAGAGAUCAUACAGCAUCUGUAUUGUUAGAUGGCAAAGUGUUAGUAGCUGGAGGCAGUAAUGAUGAUUGGAAUGUUCUCAAUACUGUCGAGUUAUAUGAUCCAAUAUCAAGAAAUUGGACAAUUGUUGGUAACAUGACUAAUGCUCGGAGAUAUCAUACAGCAACUGUAUUACCAGACGGCAUGGUAUUAGUAGUUGGUGGAGAAAACAAUCGUUAUACAUUGAAUACAGGUGAACUAUAUGAUCCGUCAUCAAGAAGUUGGAUACUAACUGAAAGCAUGGUAUAUUCACGAAACCGACAUGCAGCAGUAAAAUUAUUGGAUGGGAAAGUGUUAGUGAUAGGUGGCAUAAAUAAUGAACCUCUGGAUAGUGUUGAAUUAUAUCAUCCAUAA